UCAAACUUGCGCGCGCGGGCUCUCUGCGGCUUCUUGGUUUUUCUCCUCUCCGAGACUCCGACCGACCGGCGAGCGACUUAUCCAAAGAACCUACAGGAUUUUUCUGCGGCCUCAAGUUCCUUCGAAGUCGAUGGCGGCGCCCGUCGAUGACAGCGUGCGGCCAGAGGUCAUAGAGGCGCUCCUUAGAAGCAUCAAGAUCGUCCCUUCGGACGCUGUCCCGUCCAUCAUCGACUGCGUUCUCGCGACCACCGGUCUCUCUUCGUCCCGGCUCUUUGCUUCCAUCCUCGAUGCCUUUCCAGAUAUAUUGAAGGAGCACAUGCUGGAGUAUUCUACACUGAGUGCUUCUAACUGUGGGCGAAUUUUGUCAUUCAUUGGCGGGCUUCUACACUUGCAGAAGUUAGGGGCUAGGCAGAAAACUCUUCAUUCCUUUAUCUGCAUGGCAUUUGUUCCAGUUUUGAAGAUGAUAAAUCCUAAUGACUUCAUAUUGGUCAAUCAGGUUAUGGAACUAUUAUGCAACAACGCAAGUGCUGGUAAUAAUUGGAGAGUUGUGAUGGCAACUUUGACACCUUACUGCUUAAGUUCUUUAAAGUUAAGUCUUGAAAGCAUCAAACUAGCAGACUGGGACUGGAGUGACCAUUCAAUUGCCACGGAAAAUGACCUUGACAAGCAACAACACCAUAUCAAAAGUUCGUCUGGAUAUUUGCCUAUCCCAAUUGCCUGCCAUGCCUUGUCAUCAAUGUUAGCUGCUGCUACCAAUUGCUGUCAACUGGAUGUAAUAUCAGAAACAUUGAAACUGGCUCAUAACUCACCAGAGAUUAUUUCCAAACAGAUGCUCCUGAUUCUUUCUAAUAUGACUAUAGAAAUGCUUUCUCAAGAUUCUGAUAUGCGGUCUUGUGCUAUUCGGGUUCUGUUUCCUGCAAUUCUUGAAGCAUAUGAUGUUUAUAUCUCUGUCCAGUUUACCUUACAUAAUGGAAAAUAUAUCAGCUCCAGGUUGGACUUUUGUAGGGAAGUUUGGGAAUGUUGUAAGACAUUGUUUUCUGCUGGAUCCAAAGAGAAAUAUGAUGCAUAUCUUAUUUUGUCUCUUUAUUUUGAUUCCUUUAUUCCUAAAGGAGGAUGUAAAGUCUUAUCCACCAGUGGUAAUGGGGAAGAAUUUGAUCUCCGAGCAGACCAAAGAUUUUGGGAAGAAACACGAAGUGGAUUGGUUGAUAGUGAAGCACCAACAAGAAAGCAAGCCUUGUAUGUUUUGAAAUUAGUGGUAUCUAGCUACUCAAAUUCUGUCAGCAAAAUUGAUUAUGAUAACAAAACUUUCCUCUCUCAAUCUAAGCCAGCAUGUCAAAAUUUAAUCACUACUUCGAAUGGUGGAAGUUCAACUACUUGUACCAUGACAAGAAGAGAAAAAUGGGCUCACGAAGAAGCAAAAUCUUUAGGAGUGGGACUGACAAAUAGUUCAAUUGAACUAUGUUGUACUGGCCAACAAAGGUGGAGGGCAUUUCUUCUUCUUUAUGACAUGCUUGAAGAGUAUGGCACACACUUGGUUGAGGCUGCCUGGGGACACCAGAUAGACCUGUUGCUCUCCUCCCUUGGACAAUUGGAACGUUGUAACCACUUGGUGGCCCCAAAUGCUUAUCAGAUUCAAAUGGAGACAUCAGAAGGAAUCUUUUUGUGGUUGGCAGUUCUGUGGAAACGGGGACUGCGCCAUGGGAACCCACAGGUUAGAUGCUUAGUCAUGCAUUCGUUUGUCAGCGUCAAAUGGCAGAACCAUGGGAAUUGUGUAAGAUUAGUGCCGAAAGAUUUUAUCUUGGGGCCACUUGUUGAAGGACUGAAUGACCCUGUUCAUCACAAGGACUUUGGCAUAAAAGGAGUGUAUUCCUCAGAAACAAUUAAAGGAGCAUCUAAUUUCUUCUCUACUUUAUCAAGUUACUUUUCUUGCUGGGAAAAGAGAGGCUUCUUAUGUGGUUUGUUUGCCCUUGUAACCAAGGAGUCUUUUGGUCGUGCUGGAUUGAUGGCUCUUGCUACAUGCAUUGCUUCCUUUGCUUGUGGAUCUGAUACAAAUAAAUUUUGGGCUGAAAUAUGUGGAAGAGAUCCCGUUGAUGAUGAAGUAGAAGAAUCUGGUCAAUAUAGUGCUGCAGGGAAAAAGUUGUUGGGUAUUCUACAACUUGUUCUUGAACAGUGCAGACAUCACUUCAAUCCAAGUUAUCGUCUUCAAGUUUGUGAUCAGGUCCUCGCUUCUGCUUCAUCCUUGGUUCCUGUCAGUGAACUGCCCCUUGAUCUUCUUUUACAUUUUCUUUCAUCUUUUCCACGCGAAUUUACAGAUAUAAAUGGUUCCUUGAGGGAAAAGAUUUGCCAUUGGCUCUAUGAAGAUAGUAUGGCAUCUUCUUGCAAUGAAAGUCCUCUUUUGAAGAGGUUGUGUGAUUUCCCUGAAAAAUUUAUUGCAAAUAAUUCUUCUCAUACUUUUGUCACAUUUGAUGAUGAGGACUUGAGUGUGUGGAAGUUAGAGGCUCAAAGAUGGGCGAGGAUGCUUUUCCUUCUUGUGGCAAAACAUAGCCAUUUCGAGCUUAUAUUUUCUUUUGUCAGAAAGUACGGUUUGAGUAUUGGCCAGGAAGAUCAAUGUAUGCCAUGGAACUCUACAAAGUUUCUUCUUGUUUUCAUCAGCUUGAUAGAGGAAUUACAAAUGUAUCAGAAAAAGCUGACUAGUCACACUGCCAAAAUGGGUACUGAGAUGAAAACAUGCAAUGACUGUAUAAUGAUGGGAAAGGAUUUUCAUUUGAUUGGUGCUUUAUUGGAAAAAUGCCUGGAAUCAUUCCAACAUAUUUUGGAGAAGCUUGUUCUCUUUGCAAGAUCAGCAUCUGCUGUAUUUUGGUCCUGCAAUAUGCCAGAAGGUGGUGAUUUACCUGGUUCUGUAUUGGGAAAGCUUGGGGGGCCCAGUCAACGGAGAUUGCCCACCUCUUCAGCUACUUCUCUACUGCAGGCUGUCACAUCUCUAAGGGCCAUCACUUCCAUAUUGAAGUUGUAUGCUCAUUCAGAGGAUGGUCUGGUUACUUCGGCAGUUGAAUUUUUGUGGAGUUACACUUGGAAUGUGAUUGCAUUGCGGCCUCCUGUAACAGAGGCUGGAGCAGAAGUUCAAUUAGCUGCACAUGAAGCUCUGGCUGAUGUUCUCGAGGCAUUAGCUGUUACAUGUCUUCCUAGAGAUGUUCACAUAUUAAUGAUGAAUGACAAACCUGUAGUUGGAGAGUCAGAAACGAGAAUCAUUUUGGAUCCACUAGUGAACAAGUUUCUUGACUGCAUCAAUAAGCUUCUUGCAAUAGGAAUGCUAGCUCGCAGUCGGCGAGCUGUUUUGAUUCACUGGAAGUGGUGCAGCCUGGAUUCAUUGCUACUCAUCCCCUACUGCAUAGUUAAUAGUGGAGAGCACAAGGAACCCUGCAUAUCAAAUGAAACUCUUAAUCGAGUUCUUGUUGAUGUCGUUGAUAGCCUUGAAAAUGCAAGUGAAAGUUCUUUCCUUCCUAUGCUGAGAUCAAUUAAAUUGGUAAUGGAGUUGCAAUCUUCAGCAGGAGCACCUUUAUUGAAUUUAUCACGCAUAGGUUUGGAUACAGAGAUGAUGUGGAAACUAGUGAAGUCUGCUUGGACUUCACAUGCCAAUUGCAAUAAAAGAAGACUUGCACCCAUUGCCGCACUCCUAUCUUCUAUCUUGCAUCCAUCUGUAUUUGGUCACCAGGCAAUGCAUGAGACUGUUGACUGCAGUCCCGGUCCUUUGAAGUGGCUUGUGGAAAGAAUUCUCAGUGAUGGUGCAAAGAGUCCUCGAACCAUCCGUCUUGCUGCUUUGCAUUUAACUGGAUUAUGGUUUUUGUAUCCUCAAGCUAUCAUGUAUUAUAUGAGAGAGUUGAAACUUUUAACGCUUUAUGGUUCUGUGGCAUUUGAUGAGGACUUUGAAGCCAGUAUCACUGAAAAUGAUGAUGCAAGAAGAGAAUAUUUGUUGCUAGCCCGGGGGCCUGAUCCUGAACUGACAGAAUCAUUUGUCAAUACAGAGAUGUAUGCUCGUGUAUCUGUAGCAGUUCUUUUUUAUAAGCUUGCAAAUUUGGCAGAAGAAUCUGAAGGUGAAGGAGCAAAUAAAGAGAUAGUUAUCCGUUGUGGAAAAAUGUUUCUUCUGCAACUUCUGGAUGCAGCGGUUAAUGAUAAAGAUCUUGCAAAGGAGUUGUAUAAAAAAUAUAGCAGCGUCCAUAGGCGUAAAAUCCGUGUAUGGCAGAUGAUAUGUAUAUUAUCUCAGUUUGUUGAUGCUGAUGUUGUUCAGCAAGUAACUUCUACAUUGCACACAUGCCUAUAUAGGAACAAUUUGCCAGCUGUCCGUCAAUAUCUAGAAAAUUUUGCAAUCAAGAUAUACUUAAAGUUUCCAACAAAGAUCAAGGAGCAGCUAAUUCCCAUUCUUCUGGAUCAAAGCAUGAAGCCUCAGGCCCUCUCUUCCUAUGUUUUUAUUGCAGCAAAUUUGAUCCUUCAUACUUCUGAAUCAAGUGAUCAGUUGAGUUGCUUGUAUCAGUUGCUUCCACCAGUAAUCACAUUUUUAACAGCUCAUCACCAUAGUCUCCGUGGUUUCACUCAGAUUUUAGUGUACCGUGUCCUUGACAAACUGUUGCCUGCCUGUGAUACCACUGUCUCUGAAGUAGUAUCUUUGGAGAGAAGAUGUUUGAAUGCCAUUAAAAUUUACUUGCAUGAAAAUGCUGACUGCAGAAGAUUAAGGUCUUCGAUGCAAGGAUUUCUUGAUGCUUUUGAUCCAAAUCUUGCAGCAACUCCUGAAGGCAUAUUUACUUCGAAAGAUGAAGACAUUGAAUUUGAAUGCGUGCCAACAUCUCUCAUGGAUCAAGUGAAUGAUUUUCUAAAUGAUGCAAGGGGCGAUCUUAGGAUGUCUAUGGCAAAUGAUGAGAUGACCCUAAAGAAUGAGGAUCUUGCAGUUCAGCAAUCUGAUCAGAUGCUAUCAGCUCCUGGGCAUCCUAAAGAUAAAACUUUCAAUUUCCAGAAGAAGGCUACUCUGGAAAAAAUGAUUGGUCCAAACUCACUUGCAGAAAUUGAAGAGGAAGAUCAUCUGUACACGAUGAUGCUACUGGGCAGAAACACUGAUUUGCUAAAAGAUGGUCGGCAAGAACUUAUAGUCAUUGCUUCAUUGCUUGAUCGUAUACCAAAUCUUGCUGGUUUAGCACGAACAUGUGAGGUGUUUAAGGCUGCUGCCUUGGCUAUUGCAGACAAAAGUGUUAUGCAAGACAAACAGUUUCAGUUAAUCAGUGUGACAGCUGAGAAGUGGGUUCCAGUCCUUGAGGUUCCAGUAUGCAGCAUAAAACCUUUUCUGGAGAAGAAAAAGAGAGAUGGAUUCUGCCUAGUGGGUUUGGAGCAGACAGCAAAUAGUGUGCCACUCGAUCAAUACUCCUUCCCAAGGAAAACGGUUUUGGUGCUUGGACGUGAAAAGGAGGGUAUCCCUGUGGAUAUCAUACACAUUCUGGAUGCGUGCGUGGAGAUCCCGCAGCUGGGGGUUGUCAGAUCUCUCAACGUUCAUGUUAGUGGUGCUAUUGCCAUAUGGGAGUAUACCCGGCAGGAAAGAUCAAAAUAGCUGCUGGCCUGUGUCGUUAAUGACAUUUAUUUGGUAAUUAUAAGCCACUGUGAGAACCUAAAAUUGUGUGAGUUCAUUGUUCUGUAAUUCUUUAUUAUACUUGAUCGGAAGAUCUACGGUGUCUGACUUAAUAAGACGGAUGAUUGUCCUUGUCAGUGGCAAAAGUGUUUUGUGCAGUGGUGUAACUGGUGUUGCCCAUUCUUUACCUGAAAUCUGUUGAAAAUC